UUUUAUACCAGUAAACAAAAACAAUGCCAUAUUAAGUUAAUGUAAGAAAUAAGACCACCUCAGUUUCAAGAGAUGUAUAUAAUGAUACUCAUGGGGCAACCUUAUUCUCAAUGUGGUCUUCUUAUUUCAGGUAAGACUUCAGCUUUGUAGAGAUAGGACAAAUGGAGAACAGUUCUCCCCUUGUUCUUAUGCUUUUGGGUGCUGCUUUGAUGCUAUGUCUUCACCCAUUACAAGCACAAAUUGAUGGGACUGGUCUCUUCCAUGAUUACUAUGCCAAAUCCUGUCCCAAAGCUGAGGAGAUCAUUAAAUCGAUUGUGGAAAAGGCUGUGAAAAAGGAAGCAAGAAUGGCUGCUUCCUUGCUUCGAAUGCAUUUCCAUGAUUGCUUUGUCAAGGGAUGUGAUGCUUCAAUUCUGCUUGACGACACCUCCAACUUCACAGGAGAAAAGACAGCUAAUCCAAAUAGAAACUCUGUAAGAGGUUUUGACGUUGUGGAUAACAUAAAGGCUGCAUUGGAGAAAGCAUGUCCGGGUGUUGUGUCUUGUGCUGAUAUUGUUACUGUAGCAGCUCGGGAUUCAGUAGUCCUUAGUGGAGGACCAUCGUGGAUUGUUCCUCUGGGAAGAAGGGAUUCAAGAGGCGCAAGCUUACAAGGAGCUAACCAGAAUAUCCCUGCACCCAACUCAACACAUCAGACACUGGAGACCAAAUUCAAACUCAAAGGACUCGACGUUGUAGACCUUGUUGUUCUCUCUGGUGGUCACACCAUUGGAUUAUCCAGGUGCACAAGCUUCAAGCAAAGGCUGUACAAUUUGACAGGAAAUGGAAAGCCCGAUCCCACUGUGGACCAGGGGUAUUUGAAGCAGCUGACGACUUUAUGUCCCCAAACCGGUACAGAUGACAACCAGACCACACCAUUGGAUCUCGUGAGCCCUACUAAAUUUGACACCCACUAUUUCAAAAACUUGGAGUCAGGAAAGGGACUUCUCAUCACAGAUGAGAUUCUGUAUUCUACAAAAGGGAGCAAGACAGCCGCCUUAGUGAAGUUCUAUGCUAGCCAUUCUCAGGCAUUCUUCCAACAAUUUGCUAAGUCUAUGAUAAAGAUGGGCAACAUUACUCCUCUCAUCAAGCCUAGUGGAGAGAUCAGGAAAAACUGUCGCAAAAUGAAUUAGUUUUUGUUUACUACUUGGUUUGAAGGUUUUAAGAGCAGCUUAUUUCAUUUUUUAGCUAAGCACAUUUGUGAUCUGAAUAAGUUUUAAUAUUGGGUGGUUUCAGAAAUCGAGAAUUGUUUAGUCCUUGUCAACCCAGAGGGGUUGAAGAUUCUUGCAGAUGUCGGUCACAUGCAUUUCAAGAUUUGCGUCCAAAUAAAUUUAGCAUGUGGCCUUUUUUUUAGUGCAUUAGUGUUUGUAUUCAAAUGGCAUCAUUUACCAGCUUUGAAAUAAUUAUAUUCCAGCCAUGCACUUCGGUCACAUGCAUUUCAAGA